GAGCGCUCCUUCGAGCAGCCAGUCACACUCUGAUCAAGCCAGUCAGUCCACUGCUGCUCGGCAAGAUGAUGCUGGCCAUGCUGAGCAUGGAAGCUGUGGUAUUUUCCUAUCCACUUCACCACUCCAUGGCAUGUGGUCAACGGACGAACGCAUUGCAAACCUGUAUGAGGAGAAUGAAGCGGAGCUCUCUGAACAAACAGAAACGUUCUUGAAGAACCCAUUCAAGCAUGCCACCUUUAUUGAUGAUAUCCACAUCUGGCUGCAAUCACUAGGUGCUGCUGGCCUACGUAGCAAAGCACAGGGAUAUGGCUUCUUUACGGAUUUUCCUCAGAUGAAAAGGCUCAUGAUCACUGAGAAGUACAAUGGUAACGAAGCCCACAACUGUGAGCUGCUGGAUAUCAUCAUGGCACAGGAACGUGUUGGCUACAUCAAGCUGUGCAAGAUCGUCAAGGGUUAUGGACAGUACACAACACGGCUUGAGCAGAUGAACAGUUUGCUGACGGAGAGUGAUCGAGUCUAAUCAGGUGUCUACACUCUCUAACCAGGUCAUCGUUGUCAUGGUCACUGAGGACAGAGUCGGAACAGUGGCUGAUGUUUCCUAUCAUCAACCAGUAGUCAUGCUGGCUAGAAAUUGGCCAUUGUGGCAAUUUGUUGUUUACUCUUUCACUUGCAAAAUGUCCUGCAUGUGUUUACACCAAUCUUUCUCUUGUUUACCUCAGACAGAACUAUGGAUUUUGCUUUUGUGUUCACUGACACUUUCACUCGUCUUUUUUAAGUUUUUUUAUGAAUGUAUGUGUUUGUGAGCGAAUGUGUAUGUUGAAUGUAUGUGUGUGUGUGUGUGUGUGUGCGUGUGUAUGUGUGUGUGUGUGUUUGUUUGUGCAUUUGCACUUCUUGCCGCCUGCAAAAUUUGCCUAGCUAUUUUUGUAGCACAAUGUGCUUGUGUGUAAUGCCAUUUCGCUUGCUCUUCUUCGUCAUCAAUGAUGUCCAUGUGUGUAUUUGCCCUGAAGUUCCCGUUUGGCUUGCUUUUAGUACUACAACGUAACAGAACACACUGUCAUGGUUGUUUGUAUGUUGAACAGUUCGACUUGUUUUUAUCCAUCAUUUCUGAUCACAACACGCUUUGUGCAUUUCACUGCAGCUUCACAUGCUAGUCUUCAUCAUUACCUCAUGGAAAUGUAUGUGUGCGUGUGCGCAUUGCGAUGUUACUUGUUUUUACUUUUAUUUUUACAUGACACAAUUAUUAUGUUUAUGAACUACAGCACUGCAGUUUCGCUUCUUAUUUUUCUCAUCACUAAAGCACAGAAUUUGUUUGUGUGACCCACAGUUUCCCUCUUUUUUACCCAUCAUUCCAGACCCCAGUGAGCUUUUUUGUCAUUGUUAUUCCCUUGCCAGCCUACAUCACUACUGACCUGCAAUAUGAUUGCGGGUAUGUGUGUGUGUGCAGUGAUGGUUUCAUUUGUUUUCUGUGACAGUUACACAACAUGAUGUGUUUGUGUACACUGCUGUUUCACUUGUAUCAUUUCUUAUCACUACAGCACAGAAUAGGUGUGUGUGUGGGUGUGUGGACUGAUCAUGCACUUCAUUACUUUUAUCCAUGAUGUGAAAUCACAGUGUGGUCUUUGUGCAGCUCAGCACUGUUUUCAUUGCUGUUUUCGUUGCUUUUUCACUGCCAGCUGUUUUCGUUGCGUUUUCAUUGCCAGCUGUCUUCGUUCCUUUUUCACUGCCAACUGUUUUCGUUGCCGUUUUUGUUGCUUUUCGCUUCUAGUAUUCUAUAUGGUGAAGUCGGCAAUGUAUUUUCAUGCUCUGCUGUUUUCUGUAUCAGUAAGGAACCCACUUUGUCGGAACUGCACUUUACUUUGCAUGCCUUCUUUUUUAAUUACAGCACAGAAUGUGUGUGCGUGUGUGUCUGCACUGAUCUUGCACUUAUUUUCCUUAUCAUUGCACAACAUGAUGCGUUUACACUUUACACCAUGUACCACUGCUGCAAUUGCCUUGCCGGAUCAUUACGUCAUUACGUCAUUACGUCAUUACGGUACACAACUUGUUAGUGUACUGUGCACUGCACUUUCGCUAUUUUCAUCAUCAUUAUUCGGAAGUCUUGUUUUUGUUAUCCAUACGGAGACCCGA